AUGGAGGAGAGCCAUCUCCUCAAGCAUCCUGGGGUGAAGAAGAAGAUAGUGCAUGGAGGCCAAGGCCCUCUGCCUCACUUUCCCAGCGGGACUAAGGCCCAACUGUCUCUUCUCUCUGCACAGUUGGUUUUCCACUUCCAGACCCUGCUGAGCAACUCUGAGAGAACAGUGAUUGACGACAGCCGCAAAAACAAACACCCUACGGAAAUUUUUGUGGGGAAAAUGUUCAAGAUGGAGGUGUGGGAGGUGUUGUUAACUUCCAUGAGGCUGGGUGAGGUGGCAGAGUUCUGGUGUGACGCCAUUCACACAGGCCUCUAUCCAAUCGCGUCUAAAGGGAUGCGGCUAGCUGCCCAGGGAAAGGACCCUCUGGAGGGGCAGAAGCACAUGUGUGGCAUGGGAAACAUGUUCACGGGCCACUCCACGGGCUUCCCUGAACUGGAUGAGCUGAUGAGGGAGCCACAACCUCUCAUCUUCAUCAUGGAGCUGAUCUCAGUGGGCGAGCCGCUCUCCUACGAGCGCGAGUCCUGGCUAAUGGAGAAAGACGAGAAGAUGCAGGCCGCCCCCUCGCUACACCUGCAGGGCAACGCGCUGGUGCGUCAGGGCCGCUACGCCCAAGCCGCUGAGAAGUACAGGGAGGCCGUGCUGCUCCUGCGCACGGUGCAGUCGCGGGAGAUGCCAGGACAUGAGGACUACGUUAACCUCAGCAAGCUCGUUACCCCUCUGGUCCUCAACUACUGCCAAUGCAAGCUGGAACUAGGGGAAUACUAUGAGGUUAUAGAGCACACCUCUGAACUGAUAGACAAGCACAAAGGCUGCGUGAAGGCGUACUACAAACGAGCGAAAGCUUACGCGGCCGUGUGGAGCGAGAGGGAGGCCAGGCGAGACCUCCUGACGGUGGCCGAGCUGGACGGCACUCUGGCCAGGCUGGUGCAGAAGGAGCUGCGACUCCUCUCGGAGAGGAUGAGGGAGAAAUACAGGGACGACAGGGAGCGGUACCGAAAUAUUCUCGAAGAGAGGACCACGGGAGAGGAGGAGGAGGACGAGGGGGGGGAUCCAAACGAGCUGUCCCAGUGUCCUCGGCAGGAGGCGAAGAGCCUACCGGCAAGAGAGGAGGGGCAGAGGGACGUCCUGCAGGCAGCGGCCGUGACGGAGGGCAAAGACCGGCAGCAGAUGUUACGGCUAAUUAUGCUGCUUCAAGAUGAAGGCAUUUCCUGUAUUACAGGGCAGCGUUUCGCUGAGGCCCUACUGAAAUUCAAAGAGGCCCUGGAGUACGUGGAUUAUCUUCAACGCAAGGAAGUGGACAACAAGGGAGAGGACUGGGAGUCCUUGGAGAAAGUGCGCCUGCCACUCACCCUCAACCUCAGCCAAUGCAGACUCCAUCUUGGCCAAUUCCAUGAGGUGGUCGAGCUCAAUAGCAAAAUUCUCAGGGUUCACAAAGACAACCUGAAGGCCUUGUACCAACGUGCUCGCGCCCACGCGGCCCUGUGCCACGAGGACGAAGCCCGCGGGGACUUCUGCAGGGCGGUUCGCCUCGACUCCGCACUCAGGCCCGUGGUGAAGCUGGAGCUCAGGAGAAUGGGUGAGAGCAUCCGAGCCAAGCACGUCCGCGACAAGAAGAACUACUGGAGCAGCAGCCAAGAGAGGCGGAAGCAGGAGGUCCCGGCGAAGGCCGCCAACAAGGUGGCGAGAGAGAAAGGAGCAAAGCUGCUCGCCCAGAGCCAACGAGCAAAACAAGGUUGCCAAGAGAGUCAAGGCCAGCCUGCGGGGUCACAACCUGCAGGCCUGCUACUUUCCAAUCACAAUAAUGAGCAUGUGCAGCUAAAACCGGCCGAGACAGCCCUUAGCAACGGCACGGAGCACCACUGCGACCCAAGGCUGAUCCGCACAGCCAUGCUACGCGGCCCAGGAGCUACCGGCGCCUACGGACCCCCCUCCGCCCUCCUGCCGAGAUUCGUUACAUCCUGGCACUGA